GUCCCGCGGUGUCUGUAGGACGGUGAGAGGCUGUCUGAGGGGGGAGGCUGCCUCCACCGACCCGCGCGGUGUCCGAAGAGGAAGGGGGGGGUGUAAGGUUCGAGCGCACGGGAGACACGGGGACGCGUUCUGCGGCUUGGAGGCACGAGGAGGAACCGAGGAGGCACGAGGAGGCACACAGGCGAUCUUGGACGGGUCAGGCCAUGUAAAGUUCUGCGUGGAUGCCAGCAAACCAGACGCAGGCAGCUGGCUGAAGCACAUCCAGUUCGCCCCCGCAGCCUCGCAGCAUAACCUGACAGCGUGCCAGAUCGAUGAUCAGAUCUUCUACAAAGUCGCCAGAGAGAUUUUUCCCGGUGAGGAGCUGUUACUUUUCAUGAAGGCUGAGGAGUAUUCAUGUGACACAAUGGCUCCUGAUAUCCAUGAGGAGAGGCAGUAUCGCUGUGAGGACUGUGACCAGAACUUUGAGACCCGCAGCCAGCUGCUGGACCACCAGAAGCAGCCGUGUGGGAUGCCGCCCUCUUCGUUUCUUAAUCCAGGAGGAGACAGCGAGCUAAAAGCUCAAGAACCUCAAGAUUUGCGGCCCCUUCAUAUGUCUCAUGGCCUGCAUGAGUGCAAGGAGUGUGACCAGGUCUUUCCUGAUAUCCAGAGUCUGGAGGCUCAUAUUCUGUCACACUCUGAGGAGAGGGAAUACAAGUGUGACCAGUGUCCCAAGGCCUUCAACUGGAAAUCAAACUUGAUCCGACAUCAGAUGUCGCACGACAGUGGCAAGCACUACGAAUGUGAAAACUGCUCAAAGCAGGUGUUCACAGACCCCAGUAACCUUCAGAGGCACAUUCGCUCGCAGCACGUCGGGGCUCGUGCCCAUGCCUGCUCCGAUUGUGGCAAGACAUUUGCAACGUCUUCGGGCCUCAAGCAGCAUAAGCACAUCCACAGCAGUGUCAAGCCCUUCAUGUGUGAGGUAUGUCACAAGUCCUACACCCAGUUCUCUAACCUUUGCCGGCACAAACGCAUGCACGCCGACUGCCGCACACAGAUCAAGUGCAAGGACUGUGGGCAAAUGUUUAGUACCACCUCAUCCCUCAACAAGCAUCGGCGCUUCUGUGAAGGAAAAAAUCAUUUCACAGCAGGGGGACUGUUUGCCCAGGGUAUGCCACUCCCUGGCACCCCUGGCUUGGACAAAUCAGCCCUCACCAUUGGUCACACCAGUGCUGGACUGGCUGAUUACUUUGGGGCUAGCCGCCACCACAGUGGGCUUACCUUCCCUGCAGCCCCAGCAUUUCCUUUCAGCUUUCCUGGCCUGUUUCCUUCUGGACUCUAUCACCGACCACCGCUCAUUCCUGCUACCACCUCUCCUGUCAGACAGCCAGCUCAUACACCUGUUGCAGGGCCUGGUUCAGAGCUCUGUAAAAGUCCCUUGCUUCCUUCAAGCCCUUGUGCAAUGGAGUCUCAAGAGCUACUGAAAGCUCUCCGUAAAGAUGUUGGUUCACCCGGAAACCAGAUACCAGACUCAGAGAUCCACAACCAGUGUUCAUCUUCAACCACAAAGCAGCGGAACAAGCAGAGCGACCAGUCUGAAAGCAGCGACCUGGAUGAUGUCAGCACGCCAAGCGGAAGUGAUUUGGAGAGUACAACAGGGUCUGACCUUGAAAGUGACAUGGAGAGUGAAAGGGAAAGAGGAGCUGUUCGAGAAAAUGGCAAAGGUCCUAAGAGAAAGGGCCAUGAAGGAACCUCCCAAAGUCUCAGUUUCAUGGGUAAUAGUGCUGCUAAAGAUUUCCCAGGCCCUUCUCUUAUUCCGUCUUCACUAGAUGAGCAUACAGCUGUAACAGGGGCUGUGAAUGACUCUAUAAAGGCCAUUGCCUCUAUUGCUGAGAAAUAUUUUGGCUCAACUGGACUAGCUAGCUUGCAAGACAAGAAGGUUGGUUCUCUGCCCUACCCUCAAAUGUUCUCACUGCCUUUUUUCCCAGCUUUCACUCCACCAGUUUACCCCUUCCCAGACAGGGAUCUUAGACUUACCAGCCUCAAAGGUGAGCCACAAUCACCAGGAGAUGAUAGGAAAAAGACUCAAAGCAAGACUUCAUCUGGAUCGCCUUUUGACCUCACUACCAAAAGAAAGGAGGAAAAGUUAGCUCUUUUUGCUUCCUCUAAACCAGAAGUCUCACAACCUACUGGUCAAGAUCAGCCACUAGAUCUGAGCCUUGGAUCUAGGGGCCGUGGACGUAUCUCAAAUCAGGAGGAGGUCAAAAAGCAUACAAGCUAUGAAGAGGAGAAGAGAGUGUUGGACAUUCCAAAAACAGAUUCCUCUUUACAGCAUGCCCGGCCCACACCUUUUUUCAUGGACCCCAUAUACAGGGUUGAGAAGAGGAGAAUGAGCGAUCCGUUUGAGUCGCUGAAAGACAAAUACAUGCGGCCGACUCCAGGCUUCCUCUUUCAUCCACAGUUCCGUUUGCCAGAUCAGAGAACUUGGAUGACGGCCAUUGAGAACAUGGCGGAGAAGCUGGAGACGUUUGGCUCCUUGAAGCCAGAAUCCAGUGAACUGCUGCGCUCCGUCCCGUCCAUGUUUGACUUCAGAGCCCCACCGUCUGCGCUUCCAGAGACGCUGCUGCGCAAGGGCAAGGAGCGCUACACAUGCAGAUACUGUGGAAAAAUAUUCCCCCGCUCUGCCAACCUGACUCGCCACCUCAGGACUCAUACAGGAGAGCAACCAUACAGGUGUAAAUACUGUGACCGCUCCUUCAGCAUCUCCUCCAACCUGCAGCGUCACAUUCGCAACAUUCACAACAAGGAGAAGCCCUUCAAGUGCCACCUGUGCGACCGCUGCUUCGGCCAGCAGACCAACCUCGACCGUCACCUUAAAAAGCACGAGAACGGCAAUCUGUCAGGAACUGCGAUGUCGUCCCCGCAGUCUGAACUGGACAGCAGUAGUGCCAUAUUGGAUGAUAAAGAGGAUUCCUACUUUAAUGAAAUAAGAAAUUUCAUCAGUAACGCAGGACAGAACCACACGUCACCAGAUCGCUCCGAUGAAGGGAUGAAUGGCGGUUCAUUAGAAGAAGGGAAGCCACUGAUGGCCAGCCACGCAUCGCAGGAUCUGGAAGACGAGGAAGCAGAGGAUCUAGAUGCUGAUGAUGAAGAAGCGGAGGAACCUAGCAAUGGUUCUGAGAAAAGGGAACCCAAGGUGCACACAAGCAGUCUUAGUGAUGACAUCAUACGAGAUGAAAUGGACUUCAGUGAGCCGAAUGACUUAAACCUGAGUUGUAAAACAUCUCCGAGGAGGUAUAAGGAGGAGGAGGAGGAGGAACAGAGCAGCUACUCAACCUUGGAUCACAUUCAUCGUUUUUCUGACCUGCGCAAGCUGGAGGAGAGUGAGCUGAGUGAUGGAGAUGGAGAUGAGGAUGACAGAGCGUUUGACUCUCCUCUUACGGAAGCAGUCAAACAGCCGCUCUUUAGAAAAUCCAAGUCUCAGGCGUAUGCCAUGAUGCUGUCUCUGGCUGAAAAGGACUCUCUUCACUCAACCACCCACACCCCGGCGACCAUGUGGCACAGUCUGGCACGGGCCGCUGCUGAAUCCAGCGCCAUCCAAUCCCUCAGCCACGUAUGAUGAGGACGUACCCUGUCUACCCUUUCACAACCCCUGACCUACCUAUGGCACUGGGAGCAGCAGGGCACCCCUGAUCGUCCACAGAGUGACUGCUCAGCAGAACCACAGCCCUUCUGACUGCCUUAAACACAAAAGCAGGGUCACUGUCCCACACAGAGCCCAGCCACCCCCCAGUCCUAAAACCCUCCGGCAGACACAAAAUAAAAAAUUCUAACCAAUUUCUCACAUUAACCAAAUUGAGGUUAUAAAAAUUAAAAAAGUAAUAAUAACUGUAUUUAUUCUUCUGAAGUUUUGUGUUUUGCACAUCAAAGGCAGCUGAUGGAGAAAGACGAAUGUGCUGAUGUGUCGUUGCUAGAACAAUUGAAAUGCCCAGCACGUGCAAGGUGAGGAGAACAUUCCACCGUGAGUUCGGUUGUAUCUCUUGGACAGCUGGUUUCAGCCUAGCAUGAGUCAUUGUGUGUAAAGCAUAAGAGCAAGAACAAGAAUCCAGUUUGCCCCCACGUCCCCACUCUCACCCCACCUUG